AUGGCGGCACGGCCCGCCCGCCCGCCGCAGCCGCUUGCCGCGGCGGGGAAACCCCUCCCCGGCGGCGCCGCCCCGGCCCCGGCCCCGGUCACGGUCACGGCCACGGCAGCGGGGCACCGCCGCCAUCCCGCGGCCGGCCACACUCCGCGCCGCCGGCUGAGCCCUUGGUGCGCGGAGCCUCCCGGCUGUCCCGCACCCGGCAUCGCGUCUGUUACCACCUCUACUUCCCGCAGCAAGGGAGCCCUGGGAGCGGGCUGGCAGCCGGCGGAACGCGAGCCAGCUGUGCCCGGGCGGACAAGGAGGCCGAUGGCAUCCUGGCCUGGGAGUCGGAGUUUCCCAGCUCCGGGCUCCCAGGUAUCGGGAAUCCCUCCCGCCGCCCCUCCCGCUGCCGCAGCCCCUGAUGAGUUUCGGUUUCCAUUUCCCCGCUCGGCACUCUCGGCGCUGCCCGGGCACUCCCGAGCUGUCGGCGGCCGAGGGAUGGCGGGGAGGCGGCGGCGGCAGCGGGGCCGGGGGCGCGGCACGGGAGAGAGUGCACAGUCACAGAGGAAUGAGGAGGUGCGCUGCUCAAACCAUGAUGCAACACAUAAGCUCAUUCUCUCCCCCAAUGGGAAGCUUUCUGAACACUGGGCUAAAGCUUCAGGAAACUGCCCCAAUACAAGGCUGGUGAAGGAACUCGGAAACCGAAUUAUUGUUCAAAUAGCAUGUGGGGACCAGCAUGCCAUGGCAUUAUCCAGAGGGGGUGAGCUCUUCACCUGGGGCCGGAACACCCACGGACAGCUUGGAGUGGGGAGCCAAACCACACUUACUUCCAAACCACAGCUGGUGGAAAGACUAAAGGGCAUCCCACUUGCUCAAAUUGCUGUUGGAGGAUCUCACAGCAUGUGUGUGUCACUCUCUGGAGCUGUGUUCUCCUGGGGAAAGAACAGCUUUGGACAGCUGGGACUUGGAGACACGAAAGACAGGGACUGCCCAACAUAUGUUGAAGCUUUAGAGCACUGGAAGACUGUAUUUAUCUCAUGUGGGGCAGAUCAUACUGCAGUUCUCUCCAAGGAGGGGCUGGUGUGCACCUUUGGAGCAGGAGGGUCUGGCCAGCUGGGUCACAACUCCACCCAGAAUGAACUCCUGCCUCGUGUGGUGGCUGAGCUGUGGGGAGCAAGGGUUUCACGCAUUGACUGUGGCAGACAAUAUACCCUGGUCUAUGUCCGUUCCUUGGACAAAUUCUAUUUCUUUGGCUCUGAUGAUGAAGGACAACUGGAAGAUGAGAGGAAGCCCAAACAGUUGAUACCACUUCCCAUCAAUUCACCAGUGGAUACUGGAAAAUCCUGCCAGAAAAAGGGUGCAUCAAAAAAGGGGAUUAAAAUUCCUGCAGGAAUACACCGAAGUUUUGCCCGUUGCAAAGAGGGGAACAAGAAUUCAUAUUUGAAUGGAAUUGCCACUCUGGAGGAUAAAGAAGUGGAUGCAUGGAUUUCUAAUUCUAAAUGUUUUAAGAGUAUAAAAAGGAAUAUCAGACUGAUCUUUUCAUCUGAGGCUUGCAUCAAUGGAAGCUUCCUGGACAAAAGGGACAAACAUUUUAAAACUUCCAAAGAAGUCUCAGGCGUGGACAUGUCAGAAGUGAAACGUUUUUAUGAGAAGAUCAGUAAAAACCCAACAGUCUACCAGGAGGUGCAAAUGGAGAUUAGGAAUUUACUGUCUUCCUCAUUGUCUUCCUCUCCCAUCUCACCAGAAAAUUUCAGAGUCUACUUGAUCUUGCCUUUUCUUCUGAGGGGGAAGGAUGAAGGCUCUGUCCUUUCUCUGAUUGUUCUGGCUGAAGCCAUCAUGAAGCUCCAGCCAGAGGACCUGCAAACUCUUGAAUGCCUAUGGUCAAAUCUAGAAACAUCCUUUUUCAAGGAGCUGGUCAUUCUGUAUCAGAGGGCUUCCCAGGAAAUUCUGUUCUCAUUUGUCCAGGAGUUCAAGGCCACGGGGCCAAACCGCCUCUCCAACCUGGACCCAGUUGAAACUGGGCCUCUGCAAAUACUGCAGAUGCUUUACCAGGUGAACUCCAGAACUGGUUUUGGAGUACAUGAAAGCAUCUUCCAUGUACAUGAAGUGAGAGAGAUUAUCAACAUAUGUUCAUUCUUCAACAUAGUAAUAGUCCUACAGAUGCUGAGCAAGUACCCAUGCAUCUUUGACAGGGAAAACAAGAUACGCCUUCAUAUUACAGAAUGCAGGGCUCUUGCCAAAGUCUUUACUAUACCCUUUAUAAGGAUACCUGAGCCAUGGAAUUUCUGUGUCAGAAGACAAUGCCUUCUCCAAGACAUAUGGGAAAAUUUAAAGUCCGCCUCAAACCAAGAUUUCAGGAAGAUGUUAAAGGUGUCCUUUGUGGGUGAGGCGGGGGUGGACGAAGGUGCAGUGUCCCAGGAGCUCUUCAGCGUUGCAGCCAGGACCCUCUGCCAGCCCAGCACCAUCACCUUCUGCCACUUCACCUCUGGCCUCGUGUGGUUCCCCAGACAGGCCCCGAGCUCUGAGGAUGAGGACAUCUUCCUCUUGAUUGGGACACUGUGUGGAAUGGCCCUGUUUAACAAGUGCACGGUGCCCUUGCCCUUCCCCAGGGCUCUCUACAAAAAGCUACUGGGCCUGACCCCCACCCUAGAGGACCUUGAGGAACUGCUGCCAACCGUGGGCCGGAGUCUUCGGAGAAUUUUGAAUGAAGAAAGUGAUGGCUUGGACUUGAACUUCACGAUAAUGGAAGGAGGAGAUUCCACGGAUGUUGUUGAUCUUAAAGAAAAUGGUGCCAACAUUCCUGUCACUAAGGAUAACAGGAAAGAGUAUGUUGAUUUGUAUGUGAAUUAUAAGUUCAAUAAAUCAGCACAGAAGCCAUUUGAGGACUUUAUGCAAGGGUUCUUAAGAGGCUGCCCAGCUAGAAAUUGGAAGGUGUUUUCCCCUGAAGAGCUGCAGGUUCUUCUCCAGGGACACCCAACGUUUGACUGGCAUCUGCUGGAAAAGAAUGUGAUAUAUGCCGAGUAUACGGAGUCAGAUCAAACCAUCAGGAAUUUUUGGACUGUGUUUCACGAGCUACCAGAAGAAAAAAAGAAAAUGUUUCUUGUUUUUUUGUCAGGAUCUGAUCGAAUUUCUGGCUAUGGACUGGAACCUUUUAGAUUUUGCAUUGCAGAUCCCCACAUAGAAAAUCCAGAUAAGAGCUCUCCCUAUGCCAGUACUUGCUGCCUGACUUUGUUCCUCCCCAGAUACAGCAGAAAAAAAAUACUCAAAAAGAAGUUGCUUUAUGCCAUAGAGCAUAAUGAAGGUUUUGGCCGUGAGUAA